AUGGUUGGAUUCUUCAAUAACAUAGUUUCCACAUGGACUACGGUCAUGUGCAUGUGCAAUGCCUUUCGAAUACAACUCUACUGGGAAGAAGGAUACAUGUGGCAAGACGUCGAUUACGAAUUCGAGCAGUUCUGCAUGAUGCACACGUAUCGAGGAUUUCCGGGAUUCGGCACUUGCUUUUACGGUACUUCCAUCGGCUGGUGUCAAGACGAUGCCGUCUACAUUGCCAAAUGCACCGGCGAUCGACGUCAAAAAUGGACCUUUGAGCCACUCACCAAUGGAGAAUUCCAAAUCAAGGCACUCUCCAAGGGAACCUGCAUGGAACUUAUCGAUGAACGACAGAUCCGAUUGCGAGAUUGCGAUCAUUCCAAUGCUCGACAACGAUGGUACACGCCGGGAAGUACCAACGACGACGUCAAGUUUGCCAUUAGUCAAGCAUCUUCCAAUCUGUGCAUGGGGCAAUUGCAUCAUCCCAAAAGUGGGGAAGUCAUCGAAAUGAACAAUUGUCAAAAGUCGGAAGCACUCUCAACCUUAUUUUGGGAGAUUGAUUGA